UCUUCAGGGAUUUACGCAAUCUCCGUAAUUCCAGCGGAUUCUAAAGCGGAGAUAAGCACCUUUGCGCUGAUAUGCAAUACUUUACAGUAGUAAAGUGCUUACGCAAUUGGCGUAAACCUGCUGAUUCUGCCGCGGAGGAGAGCAGCUUCGCGUCUAUAAGUGUGCAACACUUUAAGUGCCCUCUUCUCGGCUUCGGAAUCCGUUAGAUUUAGGGAAAUUGCCCAGACGGUUAUUACGGUCUUUUCGAAGAGCAGGUUUGAGGUCGUAUCGCCGGGGACAUCUCUGGCAUUAAAGGAUUAACAGCGGAGGCAGACAUAAAAACACCAAAAGCCCUUUGAUUUACCGUAAGUCUUCGACUGUUUACGCAAUUGCCGUAGUUUCAACAGAUUCUGAACCCACUGAAAAAUAAAUUUGCGCUGAUUUGCAACACUUUACGGCAAACGCAGUGGUUCCCGCGCUUGUUUUGAGAUUUGCAGCAGUGACGUAGUCCGGGAUUUUAAAGAGACGACGGAGAGGUGUCUAUUGAGAGGGUUUAGUUUUGUUGGUUUAAUGGGAAUUUUUACAUAUAUAUUAGUGUAGUGGGGGGAAAAACAUGUCGAGGGAUUCAACCAGGAAGAGGAAAGCUCCUGCCAGAUAUUCGGAGGAGGAAUACGAAAUAGAUCAACAAGAGGAGGAGACAUGGGGUGUGUUUUCAUUCCAGAUGCCAGUAUCUUCUGAUGAGGAGAUGUCAGGAAAUGAGAAUGAAGAGGAGGAUGAGGAGGAGGAAAGGAGUGGUGUUUGGAGCCCAGGCCUUCACGAACACCGGUCCAGAAGUCCUGCCAACACCUCUGCCGGUGUCGCCUCCGUAAACCGCUCACAAACGCAAGACGCCUGGAAGACGGAGGACGAUCCUGACACGGCAAACCCUGGUCCGCCAACAUUUCUUCCUAAACGGACCCCCGGCGUCCAGCCGCCUCUCACCACAGGCAAGCAAACACCUGGAGCCAUUUUCAGUCAGUUUUUUGACGCAGAGGUGCUGAAAAUAUUGUGUGAAAACACAAAUAGCUUUGCACAAAAGAAGAAGGAGACGGGGAAGCCGUUUCCCUGGAAGGACCUCACCCCUCAGGAGCUAACCAAAUACCUGGGAUUGUUGCUCUACAUGUCUGUAUGCAACUUCCCCAGAAUAACGGAUUACUGGAGGAAAAACAGCAUCUUUCACGUGUCUUACCCUGCAGCAGUGAUGUCUAGGGACAGAUUUCUGACCAUCAGCUCCCACCUCCACUUUAGCGACCCGGACGUAGAUGCUGUCAAUGAGCAGAAAAUGGGAACAGAGGAAUAUGACCCGCUGCAGAGAGUGCGGUGUCUCCUGGAGAUGAUCAGCAGCCGUUGCAAAGCGGCCUACCAUCCCAGGCAGCACAUCUCCGUGGGCGAGAGGAUGGUGGCCACCAAGGGAAGGCUCCAAAUAAAGGAACACGUGGACGCAGACAAGCCGACAAAGUGGGGGCUGAAUUUUUUUGUUCUGGCAGAUGUAAACGGCUACACCAUUGACUACAUGCUCCACUCAGGAGAAAAGCAGAGGGCGUCAGGAAAAGGCUUGGCGUUCGAUGUGGUGGCUGAACUGGUCAACAGGGAGUAUUUGGGGAGUGGCUACAUCGUUUACUGUGACAGUUUCUACACCAGCCCGGUCCUCUUUCGCCAUCUGAUCCAGCAGGGGUUUGGCGCCUGUGGGAUGUACAAACAAGGCAGAACUGGUGUCCCAACCACCAAACUAAAUGCCCUGAAUAGAAAGUCCAAGCGGGGGUCCAUCCGGUGGAUCAGGGACAGCGACCUGCUGUACGUCCGGUGGAUGGACACCAGAGAGAUGUCGCUCUGCACGACGGUCCAUCCGGUGCACGGAGGGGAGACCAUCGUGCGAUGGCAAAAAACAGAGGACGGCCGCAGUCAGAGGGCCCCCCUCCCCAGACCCACAGCGGUGAGCGAGUUCAACAAGUACAUGGGAGGGGUGGACACCUCUGGACAGAUGUUGACCACCAACUCGGUCCACAGGAAAACCAGGAGGUGGGACGUGACAGUCUUCCAGCACCUGCUGGACAUCGCUGUCACCAACAGCUACAUCAUUCAGAAGGAGCUGUCCUCGGCUCUGGAGCAGAAGCCUCUGUCGCGGCAGGAUUUCCAGGAGCAGCUGUGCGCAGAGCUACUGGGCGUCCCGCUAGCCGAGCCGCCGCAGACGACCGGCGACGGCCACUUUCCCUCCCCCACCAGCAAAGGCCGGGACAUCGAAACCAGCCAGAGAGCCAGUAAGGGGAGGAAGCAGUGUUAUUUCUGCAAAAGAAGCACCCCAUGGAUGUGUGAGAAAUGUGGAAUUGGGCUGUGUCUUCAGCUGGACAGAAACUGCUUCAAGAUCUACCACACGUGAUCCAAAACACGUCCCUUUCCUUGUCGCUUUUCAAGAAUCUCUAAAAACAAAAUGUUAACAGAACUUCUUGUACUGAUUUAUUUAAGUUAACAUGCCUUUUUGGGCAUCUCAAAACCUUUGGAUCAGGUUAGCUAGAGUUUUUAUGGGCAAAAUCUUGCUGGAAAUACAAAUUUAUUUAUCAUUCACACAAUUUCAUCAUGUAGAACAUAAAAAAAAUGUCUUGAGCAAUGAAUAAAGGGGGAAAAAGAGCAGACAAACCGUCGCAGUCAUAAAAGAGUUAAAAAAUAAACGUUUAGAAGUAAAUGCAUUAGGGCUGCAAGAUAUGAGGAAAACCUGCCGUAUUUGUGAUCAAUAUUGCUAUGACGAUAUAACUUGCGAUACAUGAACAAACAAAAAACAUAAUUUCUCUUUCACUAUUUGAUUUAAAUAAGAGUUAAUAUAAUUUAAAUUAUGCUCCAAAUGACCCUCGUCUACAUCUAACAUAGAAGGGCUCCUUCUGAUUGGUGAAGGCGUCCAUCCGAUUGGUCAAAUGCAUAAACAGAUUGAUUUGAUUUUUAGAACUCUUCAAGCUGCCAUAAGAUUGUUUUAGCACAUUUAAGGUAACCACUUGUUUGAAUUUUUGCAAUAUGCGCGUAUUGCACAGCUUGAUAUCGCGAUAACGAUAAAUUUGCGAUUUAUUGUGCAGGCCUAAUAUGCAUUUAUAGUCAGAAAGAUUCAUAGAUCUGUACAAUUGUCAACUAACUUCAUUCCAUUUGAUCUUUUUAACAAGAAAAAAACAUCCUGUUAGGUUUUACUGAUUAGAAAAAGAAGAUUUCUUGCCCAAAUGAGAUAUUAUUUCAUUUGGUACAAACAAAAAGGUAGUUAAAACCUUUCAUCUUUCUCAUCUCUAUAGAUUAUCCUCUUAGGACUUCAGCUAAUAUUUUAGCUAAAGAUGUCGACACAGAGCUCCAAUUAAGCAGAAUUAAUGAAGAGGUUAACAUUAUUUUAAUAUAUUUAUUUAUUUUGUGAUUUUUAUAACCAUGCACAGUAUUGUUCUGUGUUUUCUGUCCUUUUUAUGUUUUGAAUAAAGAUUUAGACAAAAAAAGGAGGCUAAAGGUGUAUUGUUAGGACUUCAUCCAAAGUGGAUACACACAUAUAUGUCCUUUUUCUUUAUUUGUAUUUAAUUCAAGAAAUCCCUCCAUUUAGCAGUAAUUUCUAUUUCCUUUCUAUUUAGC